AUGUUGUGCCCUACAGGUGUGUUUCAUGCUGCAGAAAAGUUGGAAAAAAGGACAUGUGCAUUCUGCCCCAAAGGCCAUGAUUACAGCGUGCUGUAUUUUGCACCAACAAAGAAUAUAGCUGCUCAUGAAAACUGUUUGCUGUAUUCAUCAGCACUUGUGGAAUGUGAAGACCAUGAUUCCUUUAACCAUGAUAGAAACUUUGAUGUGCAGUCAGUAAAGAAAGAAAUCCAAAGAGGGAAGAAGUUGAAGUGCACAUUUUGCAAAGAAAGAGGCGCCACUGUGGGAUGUGAUGAAAAACGAUGCACGAAGAACUACCACUUUUUUUGUGCCAAGAGCGACCACGCGGUCCCCCUCAGCGAUAACGCGAAAGGAACUUACAAAGUGUUUUGCAGAGAACAUGCUUUUAAGUUACCAGCCAUCACUCCAAGUGGUAAGUUUCCCAAAUUUAGUAUUGCGCUCGAGUAUCGCCCGUACCGUACACUGGAGUCUUUGAUGUUCUUCAAUAAGAGCGUCAAGUCCUCCUCACAUUCAGCAGUUAAGCAACCACUGGCGUACAGCAGCCAAGGAAGGAAGGUGGAGGAAGAGCACGGCAGGGAUACAGAUGCAAUUUUGAAAGUUACUUUUUUGAAGAAAUGUAAGGAAGCUGGCCUCCUUAAUGACUUAUUUGUGGAACUAUCAGGCAAGCUUCAUUCGAUGCAGGACAGACUCCUGGAAGGGACUGCUUCAGAAUCAGACUAUGAAGAAAUUGGGACUACACUUUUGGAUUCAAGAUUAUUUCAAGACACAUUUGUAAAUUUUCAAACAGCACUGGAUAAUGAAAUUGACCAGUCUGAAAAAAGGCAGCAGCAGCUCAAGGGAGAGCUUGAGCUACUUCAGGACUUAAAGCAAACCUUGUGGCUUCUUCAGGAAAGCAAGGGCCUUGGCUCCAGGACCCCUUCAUUGUCUUCUCUGUCAUGUUCAGGAUGA